CCAGUACUACCUGACCCUCCCCGCCCUGCUGACCAGCCUCAGUCUCUCACAGUAUCAAGAUGCCUUCAAGACGCUGGAUGUGGGUUCGUCCUACUCCUCAUAUAUAUGCUUAUAACAGGGAGCUGUCAUCCUUUAACACUUCUUCAGCUUCAUCCUCAUCAUGUGCUUCAGCUUCCGCUUCAGCCUCAUCAGAAACAUCCAGGUCUUUGAGAGCUAGAUCUGAAGCUGUUGUAGAUCGGAGUGAGGGAUACAGAGGAUCUAGAGCAACUAGUCUAGCUCCAGCUCCAGGAACAGGACUCACAGGAUACACAGGGUUCUAUGGUAGACAACUCUCUCUUCAUAGAGAGACCGAGGAAGCUCGAAGAUCCGAGGCAAGAGCUGCUUCUGCUGCCGCUUCAGCAUCUAGAAGUGCUGCCGCUGCUUCCUAUGCUGCUUCCAGUCGCGAAGCAGCAGCUUCAAGCUCCUCCGCUGCAGCUUCUAGAUCAGUGUCAGCAGUCUCAAGGUCCACUACAACACAGGAGACGACGGAAAAGACGAGUAUGCAGAGGAGGCAGGUGGAGGAGAGGAAGGUUUCCUUCAGAUCUCAGAUGGAUCAGAGUAUCGCCGAAGGAAGGCAGAGCAUGAGCAGGGCAGUGCGUCGAGCUGAAGCUCAUGCUGAGACCAGUGGAAGGGAUCCUAGACACACAUAUGUUCCCAGGGAUACUUCCGACGAUAUCUUGAAAAAGCUUGCAGAUAUCCAUAUGGCCCCUUUUGAAGGGAAGGAGAUCGGAGAAGCAAGAUCCGCCAUGGCUCAGGGCCGUGUAAAGAUUGACAGACUAGAACGAGAGCUAGAGGCGAUUACUGCCUCCGCCAUGAAGUAUAGAUCCUCCUACACCAAGUCCGCCGCCCAGAUGGCCAAGCAGGCAAUCUCGGAGGCUGAAUCGGAAGCUAUGGCGACCAAGAAGAUCAAGAGAACUAUUGUCGAGGAAUCAAGCAGAAGACAGGUUGCCUAGACAAUGAAACGAAGAAUAUGAGAGAAUGAUUAUUUUAACCUGCUUUACUCCACACUAACACUAGGGAACAAUCCCCCCCCCCCUCCUGCCGUCUCGAAAGGAGUCAACAAAAAACUUUCUUGGUUUUGUGUGAUAAAUCUUUUCCAAUGCGUAUCAUGCUGUACACGAAUCAAUGAAUUAUGAACGACUAAAGAAUAUUUAUACCGAGAUAUUAUAUUGAAAUAAAAUUUAUAAACAUA